CAUGCUUGGCAGAGACCUGAAGACCAGCUGGCUGGUGGGAGGCAUGCACGCAUGUGCGGUGAAGCUGGGCUAGGGCAAUGGCUGGUGUGGCCACAGAAAGGGCUCUGCAUGGCACCUGUGGCAUGGGUACCAUAGGUUUGCCAUCAUGGUCCUACAACAUUGCCAUGAAUUGCCAUUGACUCCAGCAGGGAACGCAAUCUAAGGCUUCAAGAGUAAUUGCUGAAGAGAACUUCCCCAGGCAGCUUCUUUAAUGUGCUUUCCUCCAGGCAAUGAUGCAGGACAAAAUUGUGAAGCCAGCAAGUGGGAUGCUUUUUACAGGUAUCAACCUGGGACAAGCUGAGGAAAGUGAAGAAUGGAUCUUACACUUUGCCCUUAGGCCAUGCUUACACCAUCUCCCAGAAACCAAUGUGCUCUUUUGCUUUUCUGAGGAGCAGAGUCUCUGUUAACCUAGAGAUUGCCAUCUAAGUUGCGGAGGUGUAGUAGGGCAGCAGGAGAGAUAUUUCAAGAGAGGCUGUGUGGCUGGCCAUCUGUCAAGCAUCUGCAGCUGUGGAUUAUCUUCAAGGUCCCUUUCAAACUGGGCAUGAUCUGAUUCCUGCUUUGCUGGAAAACUCCCUCCCACUCAACAACAAUAUUUUCUGCCUAUCUCUGACUAUUUCUUCGCCUUCCUAAAAACACCUGAUGGGGCACUGCCAAUAAGGUUCAAUAAGGUUCAAUAAGGACAACAAGGCUCUCACAUUAAUUACCGGAAUAGCCAACAAAAGCUGGUGUCACCUUGCAAAAGGGAGCAGGCACUGGAUAAUUUGUGUCACACAGAUUUGAAUGUAGAAUUACUAAUAGUGAUUCUUCUGAUGGAAUAAUGAAGGCGAAGCACAGUAAGAUUUAUUACAGCUGCUCAUUGCAAGAGAUACUGGGUGGGUCACAUCAAAAUUUAUAAUUGAAACAGAUAAUAAUUAAAUAAUAAUUAAGCCAGAAUAGUUUAAAAAAACAGAUAUUUCACUGACACCCUAAUCAGGUCUGGUCUUAAGACUGCCAUUUGUCAGAAAUGGUGUAGGGUCUCCUGCUUAGGUGGGGUUGGACUAGAUGACCUAUAAGGUCCUUUCCAACUCUGUUAAUCUGUUAAUCUGCUUGAAGUCCUUCAGUGUAUAUCUGAUCUGGGUAUAAUUAACUGAAUGGUUGGAGCUGGAUAUAAUUAACAGCACCCCCUGAAGAGGGUGGGGGAGAUAAUCCAGGUAUACUUGCAUGAUCCAGCAGCUGAAUCCUCAAAGAGCAGCAGCAUUUGAACAAUUGAGAAAAGAUCUUGUGAGCCCUGCCCCCAAUGACCUUUUCUCCCCAGUGUUUGCUCCACUCCUUGCUUUUCUUGCCCUCUAUCCUCAUUCACUGUCAGAUGUUUCAUAUUCUUCAUAUGAGAGCAUGGAAUAGAUGUCAUAAAGAAGUAAACAAAUUCUAAGUUCAACCUCCUGACUGCUUUGGGAUAGAUUCUGUAUUUGGGAAUGAGGAGAAACAGACUGAAGGCAGCUUUGGCACCAGAGGCACAAUCUCUGUUUUGCUCUGCAGUUGCCUGGCACCAUCUCACUUGUCUGCCUGAGUCUUCCUCCACCUCCCAUCCUAUCCUGGGCUUUCGGGAGGUUUUGCGAAGAGGCAAAGGAUGCACCAGCCGGGGACUCUCCUCCACGGGUCAAGAAGUGCAUGUCAUCAGCUUGCGCAAUGGAGGGGCUGCCAAUGCUCAGGUAACUCUUACGUUGGCUCCAAAUCUUCUGAGCGGUGCCCCCAUCUUUGUAUUGCAUUCCCAGCAGCCAGUGCAAUGGAAGUUGUCAACUUCUCCUGGGAAAAAUUGGACCUUCCAGGUCUCUCUGGGCUCUAGCAUUUCAGCCACUCAGCUGGUGGCAUCUGCAGAGACCGACUUCCCAAAUACUGCGAGAGGCCUGCUUAAGUGGGCACAAAGGAAGCAUGGAGGGGUCACUUCAUUGGCUGAGUAUCGUGGAGUCAAUACAAUCUACACACGCCUGGGAUCUGGUAUGGGCCACACAGAAGCAAAGCCGGCUUCAGAAUUACCUGCUCUUUCUAUGGGGGGAUGGGAUGUGGAUCCUAUCAGUCAUAAAGGUUGA